AUGUCAAAUAGUAGUGGUGGCUCCAUUGUGCAUAACGUGGGAGGUAGUGCUCUAACUCCGCAGGCAUUUAGACGAACAGAAAUAGUAGGGCGAGGAAAAUUUGGUGUCGUGUAUAAAGCAUAUCACGUUAAAACGAAGCAGGUUUAUGCGAUUAAGGUUCUGAAUCUAGAUUGUCCGGAAGAUGAAGUAGAGGAUGUUCAGAAGGAGGUGCAAUUCCUUUCUUCUUUAAAGCAGGUGCCGAACAUUACACAGUAUUAUGGGUCUUUUUUGUACGAAACAAAACUGUGGGUGAUCAUGGAGUACUGCGCAGGAGGUUCACUUAGGACGUUGCUACGACCAGGGAAGAUAGAUGAGAAGUAUUUGGGUGUUAUAGUAAGAAACUUGUUGGUUGCCCUGCUGUAUAUUCACAAGGAUAAUGUGAUUCAUAGAGAUAUUAAGGCUGCUAAUGUUUUGAUCACCAACGGCGGUCACGUUAAAUUGUGUGACUUUGGUGUUGCAGCUCAGUUGACGACAGCAAAUCACAAGCGGCAGACGAUGGCUGGUACUCCGUACUGGAUGGCCCCGGAGGUGAUCAUGGAAGGAGUAUAUUACAAUACUAAAGCUGAUAUUUGGUCAUUGGGGAUUACUACUUAUGAAAUAGCUACUGGGAAUCCACCUUAUUGUGAUGUAGAGGCAUUAAGAGCAAUGCAGUUGAUAACUAAGUCGAAGCCUCCAAGAUUAGAAGGCAGAAAUUACUCUCCGUUGUUAAAGGAAUUUAUUGCUCUCUGUUUAGAUGAAGACCCUGAGGCUAGACCUACUGCAGAGGAGUUGUUAACUACUAAGUUAGUGAAGACACAUAAGGGCAGCUCAGUUACCAUUUUGAAGGAACUAAUAUCUAGAUAUCUUUUAUUUUCUGAGAAGCAUAAAAAUAGGGAAAGCGUAAUGAUCAAUUUAGAUGAUGAUGAUCCACAUAAAACUACUGCUAAUUGCGCUAACUCCGGUGGUGCUGACAAUCAAGUGGAAGUGAAGUGGGAUUUCGAUUCUUUGAACUCAAAUGAAUAUAUUAUUCAGAAUGAUAUCAAUAUAGACUCUAUUCCGGAAGAAACAGAUUGGGGUAGAUCUCAGAGUUGCGUUAACUAUGCGUAUCCUGAUGAAGAACUAUAUUACGAGUCAAAUAAGCCUCCCUGUUUUCAAGGCACUACUUUUGGUAAAUCUCUAGGUGAUCCUAACACAAAUACUUCAACAAUCCAAGCAUAUAAUCAGCAUUCCACAGCUAAUCCGUCAAUGGGGAAUCAGCAAGGCAAAAACACAUAUACAAUCUCUCAAAGUAUGAAGACCGAGACAAAGGCCUCUAAACAGUUAUUACUAUUGUUUGAAGAGAGCGAGAAAAUUACUGAGGAAGAAGAAAACGAGUUUCCAAUGCUUGCUAAAUCGCUAUCUUCAAUGCAUCUUACUGAAAAUGAUACUUCUGCAUCUACACCGUUAGGGCCUCCAUCCCAGCGACAGGACGUUCUUUUAAAUGGUCCAGGCUAUCAUAGCCAAAGCACUCCAAUUCUACCCAUAUUGCAAACUAACCUAAAGGUUAAUAUGCAAAGUGGCCCAUUGAGUUCCACAGCUUUAACAACACCUAUGGAGAUAGAGAUUCCGGAAGAACUGCCUCUCAGCACCACUGUUACAGCACCACAGACAGGUCAAGCUGGUACGAUCACGGGUGAUCAAUCAGGCGUUAAGAAUAUUCCAAGGCCAGGGGGUAUGUCAUCUCUGCAGAGAAGACCGACUUUGUCAAGUGCCGCUUCAGCAAUGUCUAGAGCCGAUAACGCCAGUAUUAUAAGUAAUUCCAAGUCUAUUGGUGCGGAAUUGUCUUCUCGUGUUAUUUCAGUGAAUACACAUAUAUCUUCUACUGCUUCGAGCAAAGGAACUGCUGGAAACGUUGCUUCUGCCUCAUCUACUGUCGAUAGGUCUCCUUCUCCAUUAAGAAGUGGGGUUAGUGGCAACAUAUCUCCAGACCGUAUCGUGUCAGCAGCAACUUCAAUUACAGACUCAGCGAAUGGUAAUCAUUCACAAAAUGCUGCUUUAAUCUUGCAUUCUGGUGUGAAGCCAGCUCAGAGUUCAAACAACCUCUUAGAUAGUUCCUCUCAGGCUACAGGGAUUCCUUCAGUUCCUCCAAUGGUCCAAGCCCCAUUGGGCUCCUUAACAAGUGGUGGCUUUUCAAACUAUUUGAAAACAGUCGAUAAGGAACAUUACCACAUUAGUGAACGUGCCAGUCGCGAGUUUAAAAGAAAUAAUCCUAAUCUCAAGCUCCAGAUGCCUUCGCCAACUACACUGAUACCAAACAAGCUACUUAUUUCAGGCUCAGUAGAUGACCAGGCAUCUGGAGUCGCCUAUUCUGGCGGCUCUGGAGGCUCUAAUGGUAAUAUAAACCAAUUUGGUAUCAAUACAAGUAGUACUACAAACAUUCCAGUGGCAAUGACUCCUUUAGGAGAAAAGGUGGCCCCUGACUUUGGAGCCAAGUUAAAACGAAGCACGAGCACCUCAAACAGAGCAGGAGCAAGCUCCACUGUCCCCAUAGAUGCCGCAACUAACACGCAGACAGGUGUACAGUCCGUAAUUCCGGUUAACUUAAACACUGCAACCGCUAUGACUAGUUCAGGCCCAGCAAAUGGCACUUCAGCAACUGCUGUAUCUACCUCGACUGCUGCCGCAAACCCAGGGAUAAGUAGUUUAACCAUCGCAAACUCUAAUACCAGCGCAACUAAUAACGUCACCUCCACAAGUACAGCAAUCUCCUCAAAUACCAUCAUUGUUGCUCAACCCGUUCUCCUUCAUAUGGAAGUCCCUCCCAAAAUGCUUCCCAUGGAUAUGUUUGUCGAUGUAGACGAAACUGAUGACACACAUCGUGUCGAUAGGAAAUCCAUGGUGUUGCGCGAGCUCGACACGUUGCUUAGAAUGUUUGAAGAUGGCCUUCCCAUUAUGGAGAAUGCACUGAAAAACGUACUUCCUACACAAACUACUACGUCUAACGAUAACGAUUAA